ACUGACACGUAGGCCAUUUCUGCACAGUCAUGCUAGCUGACAGUUUUAGGAGUAUGAUCAUAUGUAGCUUUGUGAUGUUCUGACUUUAUGGGGGUUCUGUUGCAGCUGUUACUAAUUAACAUACACAAACAUUAUUGUUUUUUUAAACCCACUUAUUCCAAUUAAGGGUCAAGGGAUGGAGCCUAGCACAGUGCGUUGAGAAAGUGGAGGAAAUAUUUUGAGGAGCUGAUGAAUGAAGAAAAUAAGAGAUAAAAGGCUGGAUGAUGUGCUGAGAGUAAGGAUGAAGUGAAGUCAGCUAUGAAGAAGAUGAAGAGUGGAAAGGCAGUUGGUCCAGAUGACAUUCCAGUGGAGGCAUGGAAAUGUCGAGGAGAGAUGACAGUGUAGUGUCUAACCAGUGUUCUAAUAAAAUAUUGGCAAGUGAGAGGAUGCCUGAGGAGUGGCGACAAAGUGUGCUGGUUCCUAUUUUUAAGAGUGUGAUGUGCAGAGCUGCAGUAACUACAGAGGCAAAAAGUUGAUCAGUCACAGCAUGAAGUUAUUGGAAAGAGUAGUAGAAGCUAGGCUUAGAAAACAGGUGAAGAUCUGUUAGUAGCAAUAUGGUUUCAUGCAGAGAAAAAGCAAUCCAAAUCAAUGGAUUCAUCCUCAUCGACUGGAGCAACUUCUCCUUCAAACAGGCAUCCAAACUCACACCCGGCAUCCUCAAACUGGCCAUCGAGAGUCUUCAGGACAGUUUUCCCGCUCUUGGGGGGAUUCACUUUGUCAGUCAGCCGUGGUACGUCCAUGCCAUGUUCACCAUCAUCAAACCGUUCCUCAAAGACAAAACCAGCAAACGGAUCUUCCUCCACGUGAACAACCUGAACUCGCUCCACAAGCUCAUCCAGCCCGAGUCUCUGCCGUCAGAGUUCGGUGGGACGCCACCGUACGACAUGGCGGUGUGGGCGAGGACGCUGCUCAGACCCGACUACAGCGGCGAGAUGGAGUACACGCCGACCCCUGACGUGUUGCACAUCAGGGAGGUGAUCAAGAGUUGAGGAGGAGACACAGGAGGAAGAGGGUGAGGUGAGGGAGGAUGGGAGGAGGAGCAGAAAGAGGAAGAGGUGAAGGAUAGAGAGAGAAGAAAGGUGACGGCGAGGAGAAGCUGUGAGGAGAUGAGGAGUAGGAGGUGGUGAUAAGGAUGUGAAAGUGGUGAUGAGGACAGGCU